GUGUAUAUUUAUUUGAGGAACUUGUGAUUUUUAUUGUCUUUGUAAAAAUUUAAGUGCCAAGAUGUCAGCCGAAGUAAGCAGCGUCCGUCCCAACCCCUACAUCUUCGACAUAGAAAAUAGAAGAAAACGUCGACCAAGACUUGCUCAUGAGAUAGGGGCUGGAGCCAAGUGCAAGAAAUGUGGUGACAAAUGUCCUGGUUUUGAAUUACAUUUUUGGAGGAAGUUAUGCAUGAAUUGUCGCUGUGGAUAUGAUCAUGAAGUUGAAGAGGAUGAUGAAGACAUCGGGAAAAUAGUCAUUGGCAAGUUGUUUGAUCGUCCUCGCACCAAGAAAGAAGAGAUGGAAUACUGCCAUGGAAACAAUUUGGAAAUGAUCAAUGAAGAGACAGGGAAAGCAGAGAAUGUCAAAUUUGAUUGGGUGCCACCAAAUGUGGAGAAGUCUCUGGCUUCAAGAUACAUGGCUUUGAUUCCUGUGGAGAAAAGGCCCAUUGCUGGCACUGAGGCAGCUAAAGAGCGCAAACGUCAGCUUGAGCAGCAGCUGCCCCUGUAUGACAUGGAUGCUGCGCAGCGUUGUGAUAACUUACCUCCCGAAGAGUUGCAGAGCUUCCACGCUUACCUCGAGCGCAUCAAGACCCAAGUGGCAGGGCAAGGCAUGGUACAGGAAAUUAUUGGAGCACCAGUUUCAAUGGCACAGCCUCUGCAGUCCCAGAGGAAGCCUGGCUCUAGUGCUCCACUGAUGACAGGUGAUAUUGAUGCUAAUGGAAAUAUUGGCUAUCAACCUGAUUCUUCAGUGGGUCAGAUGAUGCCCCCUGGUUCCCAUAUGCCACAAGAUAACAUCCCAGGGUCACAGGGGCAAUACAGAAGCCCAACUGGCAACCAGAAUGAUGACCAGGGGAACGUCAACGUGAACGAUCCACGCUAUCAGUUCCUGGGUGGAAUGAUUGAGGAGCCUUACCUAAAUGUAACCAGCAGGCCAGAGGAUCUAGUACAUAGUGAGGCGUAUGGUGGGAAGCUUGGCACCAGCAGGCCCCUUACAAGCUUGGCAAGAAACCAGCCUCUAGAUAAUGUUACAGCUGGGAUGGCUAAUCUUCAAGUGCAACCGCAGGGACAGGGAACUGAAAAGGGCUACAUCCCAGGACAGGAGCAUAUUCCUGGUCAGCCUGGCUAUGUACCAGGACAGCCAGGAUAUAAACCAGGUCAACCUGGCUCUCUACCAGGUCAACCAGGUUAUACAUCAGGACCUGCAGGUUCUCAGCCAGGUCAACCCGGAUAUGCUCAAGGCCAGCCAGGUCAACCUGGAUAUGCUCAAGGCCAGCCAGGUCAACCAGGAUAUAUUCAAGGCCAGCCAGGUCAACCCGGAUAUGCUCAAGGCCAGCCAGGUCAACCCGGAUAUGCUCAAGGCCAGCCGGGUCAACCUGGAUAUACUCAUGGCCAGCCGGGACAACCUGGAUAUACUCUUGGCCAGCCGGGUCAACCAGGAUAUACUCAUGGUCAACCAGGUCAACCAGGAUACAUGGCAGGCCAGCCGGAUCAACCUGGAUAUGUUCAGGGGCAACCAGGUCAGCCGGGGUAUUCACCAGGAAAGGGAAUGCAGCAACAGAUGCCUAUGAUGCCAGGGAACAUUACAGCCGUGGAGGCAACUCAGGCUCCUUAUGGUGCACGUGUGGACACCCUAACAGGUGGGUCUUCCAUUGCUCCGGGGCAAGAUGUAAAUGUGCUCUUCCAGGGGAAAGUCAGAUCAUCGGUUCCCAGGCAGGCAACACUGCCCCCUCGGGACAGAAGAGCAAGUUCUCCUGCCAGUAUUGCAACCUCCCGAUGAAUGUUGGAGAUGUAGCCAUCUUCUGUGAGCGGGCUGGGCAAGAUAAGUGUUGGCAUCCUGCUUGCUUCUGCUGCUUUACGUGUAAGGAGUUGCUAGCUGACUUGAUCUACUUCUACAAGGAUGGAAACGUGUUCUGUGGACGUCAUUUCACAGAUGCUGCAGAAAUACCAAGAUGUAAAGCAUGCGAUGAG